GAUAUUCGUUCCCACAGAUAUUAUUCUGAAAUAAAUAUUUAUUUAUUUAUUUCUCUCUCUCUCUCCGUAGAAUUAAAACCCUAAUUUUGCACGCUCUCAACUUUCUCCCUUGAAAUUGAAAGCUCCUUCCCCGUUUUCUCUCUCUAAAUCUCUCUCUCUCUCUCUCAUGGCAACGGCGCGUGAUGAGAACCCUUACGAAGGUGGAGGAGUGUUCGGCAAGUUCCGAAAAAGACCGUUUCAGAGAACGCAAACGACGCCGUACAAACGGCUGCUGACAGCGCUGAGAAACCCUAGCAGGAACAAUGGUUGGUUCUCGAAGCUCGUUGAUCCCGCACAGAGGCUCAUCGCUUCUAGCGCCAACAUGCUCUUCGCCUCCGUCUUCCGCAAGCGCCUUCCUCCAUCACCACCACCACCACGUUCUUCAGAAGCAGUGCAGGAAGCGAGGGACAAUCACCAGGAAGCAGCUGUCUUUGUUUCUAUUGAUGAUGUUGCUUCACCUGUCGAGCUUGCUAAGGCUUACAUGGGGAGCAGGCCUUCCAAGGUAUCCCAAUCAAUGCUGGGCUUGCGAAAUCCUCCAAGAGAGGAUCCAACUCUACUAAGAAAUCAGCACUUUGCUCAGAAAUCCCCAGUUAUGUCAAUUGUGCCAAGGGCAACUACCCUUGCUCGGGUUCAUGAAAAUGGCUUUGUGACCCCAAGAUCUCAUGGAAGAUCAGCAAUAUAUAGGAUGGCUCGAACACCUUAUGCCAGAGUUUAUCCAACAUCUACGCUCAAGGGUGUUGGCGUUGCUGUUGAAGGUGAGCCAUCAUCUUCAGCUCAGUAUGCACUGGAUCAUGAUAUGCUUUCUGGCUCUAAACAAAGGCAGGCAUUAAAACGUAGAAGUUCUGUAUUAGAUAAUGAUAUACGAUCUUUUGGUCCUAUACGCCGAAUGCGUCACAAGUGUAAUCUUCUAUCUAAAGGCUUAACCUUACCUCAUUCAGGCGCCCCCUUAUCUAUAGCUAGGAACAGAGUUGGCAUUGAUGCUGCUCAGCAACCUUCAUCUUCCAUGCAGAAGCCUAUUCUAUUGGGUGAAGUUAAGCAUAGCCAUACGAAAUUGUCAGCAGAAAAUGUUGAUGACACCAUGCCUAGUACUAGCUUUCCUCCUUUAUCUUCAAAAUCUAGCGAGAUGGCCUCAAAAAUACUUGAUGAUGCCUACCCUGAUGGAGCCGUUUCUUAUCAUCCACAAAAAAAGAGGGCAUUCCAUAUGAGUGCACAUGAGUAUGAGGAGGAACAGGUUGCAAAUGAAUCCUCUGGCAAGCAACAAGGAAUAAUAGUUGAAAGUGGUGUUCAAAUUAACUGUUCAGAUGGAGGUGGAUUAACUGAACUGGAGAAACUAAUUAAGCAGAAGACUUUCACCAGAUCUGAGAUUGAUCAUUUGACAACGCUUAUCCGUUCAAGAACCGUGGAUCCACCUGUUGGGGAAGACGGGAAGAGGACAGAAGUGGUUCCAUCAGAUCCAAUGUUGCCUCGUGUUCAAAUUGAAGAAUAUCCCAAAACUCCAGCACUAGAAAAUGGGAUUGAAAACCAUCUUGUUUCAACUCCAUAUGUUACUUCCAGCGUACGACAAUUUUAUUCAUACCUAUCUUUGAUAUAUAAGUUUGAUUAUAUUUUUUGGAGUGGUCAUGUAUAACCAUAUGCUGUCCAUAGGUUUCUAUUA